AUGCCUGCCAACAUGACGGCCCUCGAUGUGGUGACUUUCGAGGAUGAAUUCCCCCUGGCCAGAAGCUGUCCUGACUUGGAGGAUAUUUUAAAAAAAGACGAAAUCCCCGGCGUGGAGAUAGAAGUGGGUUUACCUUGAACAAAUUUUCUCACACUCACGCAUCCUCCCCAUGCCUUUAUAGCUGUUAGAUAAUGAGAAGAUAACUGCUCAUGCGAUUAUUCUGGCGGCACGUGUGCCUCACAUCAGACGUCUACUUUCUCAGCACAAAGAGGACCAAAGCCCCAUUUUUCAGUGGAAGACGGUUCCUAAAAUGUAGGCAGAGUUACACCAGACCACUUACUUAGUUUAGUGUCGCAGAAACUUUGCUGACCUACUUGUACAGUGGAAAGUUGGAGAUUUCCGAAAGUACUGCGAAUGGCCUGCACAUUUUGGCAAAGAUGCUUCGAGUGAUCACUGUUGAACGUUGGUCCAUGGACUUUCUUCUUUCACGGUAUAGCUAUUUGUUACUGAGUCUGAAAAAGUGCCCUGUUGUCUAGAAUAAACCAUGAAAAUCUGAAUGCUAGGUUGCAGUUUGCCGAUCGUAUUGGGAUUCAGCCACUCAAGGAGGCCUGUAUUUACUUCAUGAAGUCAGCCUAUGAGGAGGUGGUCUCAAAUCCGGUCUUUCGACUGCUGCCAGGGGAACUAUUACAGCGUCUUCUACGGGACGACGACUUAAACGUUUCAAGUGAAGAAGCGGUAUUGAACUCCAUCCUGUGGUGGGUCAAACCCGCUCACGAAGUCGACACUGUCCGGAUGACACAGCUGCCCGCCUUGAUGGCAGAAGUCCGAUGGUUGGAAACUUCGCUGGCCUUCAGGAGUGAACUUUCUAGUAGAGAGAUAAUAUCUGAAGACCUGUCCAGCAUGUAAUGAAUUACUGUUUUCCCAUGACUGUCAUGAAAAACAGGCAUUUUUUACACAAGGUGUGCAUGUGGAUUGAACAUCCAGAGAACAAGGAGUGUCCAUUUAAUCCAAAGCCUCGAAAGACUUCGGUUGUACUCUACGGGGUGUCGGACAAAGAAGAUGGACGCUGGGUCUGCCAGUUUUACGAACCGCAAACGGGUCAGGGCGGUCUUGUGGACUAUUGUGAAACACGAUUUCAUACGGCAUUGGUUUGUGUUGGAGGUGAGUUUAUGUACUUAAUGCACUUUAAAAAUCUUUUUGUAGUUCCCGUAUGGUUUGAACCCACUUUAUUUUCAGUUUUGUCCCUACUAUCUAUCACCCUGUCAAGCAUCCGUCGUGCUUCGCCGUGGCUACCGACUCAGGGAGGCAAAGUUGAUUGGAGAAACUUCGCUGUGGCGGAAAAGCGUGCAUGAAACUCGGCCAGCAAUGACAGAAAGUCCUCUCACCAGCAAAAUGCUGGGUGUUUAGGUUGUUAGCUCUGUCGCGAAGUGCAUGCUCCGGAGCCUUGUCCGGCUGCAGCCAAUCGACGAAGAGAGGAGAGCUAGGUGGAUUGGAAGCGGCACCGGUAAGUGGCGCGCUAACGACCGCGAGAGCAGACCACCACACGACCAGCACAGGUGACGAGAUCCGGCCUUGACUUAAGCUUGAAUUUGGGUACAAUGAAACGGAAUUUCCCCGCAUCUCUAUCUCUUCCUAACCCCACCACGUUCUGAUAACAAGACACAGUCCAGACGACUGAAACUGAAGGUUGGAGACAGCAGCUGACAAGACGUAACACUGCCUGGCCCCCAACUUCAGGAGUUAUCACAUUUCGCCCAGAAAGUGUUCUAAAGGUCGUGUUGAAAGUAACCACUGCAGCCAGACCCGCAGCCCUGAGCUGGACCGAUUUUUCAAUCACUAGGCAGUUUUCCAAGUCAGGAUUGUUAGCGUGUCAUGAUAAGUCCAAAAGGAUUGGAUUUUUUUAUAAUACAGAAUGUGAUGAUUUUCUGUCAGAAUGGAUUGCUCGGAAUAGGCUUCACUGUCCCUUGUGUCAAAGCCCGUUCGAGCCAAUCGGACUGCAGAUGGAGUUCGGCCAAUGGGACGUCAGUCUCUGCCUAACGUGCGCCACACACACACGACGACAGUUCGUCCGUCGAUUUCGACGAUGACCACCGUCUGCCCCACAGACUGCAUUGUGGGAGCAGGGACGGUGACUUACGCAGGGGUUUAUAGUGCCAGUAGACUUGCGUAGCAUCUACCUACACUCUCUCCUCCUACCCCGCCUGGGCCCGGUGUCAAGACAGAGUCAAGAAGACCGGAGACGAGGGAGGCCGCAGGUGGAUGGCUCGGACGGAUCCUCACCUUGGCGUUCCACCACACCCCCUGGUCCACACAACAAUAACCAGGAUUUCAACCAACACAACAGAGAUUUGGAGGCUGGCACGGCCGAAGCCGCACCUGGGCGUGCCGCCAACGCCUGGCUCGGAUCCCACACUGUGGUAGGAGUGCCAUAAAGGCCACAUUAAAAAGGAGCCAUUGCAGCCUGACUCUCAGAUCGCCUCCCGUUAAGGAGGAGGUCCAAGGUACCCCGUCAGUUGGCAACCUUCCAAGCCACGGCUUUUAGCGCACCGUGAUAGCUUCAAGCGCGUCAGAUUGAUUAUAGUGAGGAAAAUGCGCUGAGUCGUCGACCUCACUCUCCCUUCCCAUUCCCACACCCCAGCCGCUGUCCGAGCCGGUCAGCAGACUGGAGUGGGGAAUGGGCGCGGUGGCUGA